AUGCGCAAGGGAACCGCCGCCCUCAAGCGUCAGCAGGUGGCGCAGCUGCGCCAUCACCACCAACAGCUGCUGGCUGCCGCUCCGGAGCUCGCCCUGGCCUCCUCUUCGCGCCUGGCUGCGGCCCUGAUCUCGUCGGCGGUGGCCCUAAGCGCCUCGUCCGCGAGCCUUGUAAAUAAUCACCACAGCCAUAUGCAACAACAGCAACCGCAGCAGCCGCCACAGACGCGCCAUCAUCACCAUCCGGCAACAUACAGGCAUCACCACCACCACCACUCACAUCACUACUCGCACCACCAUCAUCAUCAGUGUCGCUCGAAACGCAAACUGCAGAAAUUGUAUUAUACGCUUUGCCGUUAGAUCUGUAGCCUAACUAUAUCUAUGUAUACUUGUACGAGAGAACGUUUCUUAGAACCACCAGCAAAAUCAGCACUUAGCUUAAGUUGAGUCACACUUUCCACGUCCUAUAUUAUAUGUCCAGUGUUUCGUCCCUUCUUUUUUUGUAUAUGUAUUUAUUUAUUCCCAUUUUUUUGUUUGUAUUUUGUAUCUCUGCUCAUCUCAUUUUCGUAAUUCACCCUAAACUGAAAGCAAAAUCUCAUCAGUGCAAUAAUAUACAUAAUCCGAAUAUAUAUAUAUGUGUAUUUAUAUAUAUGCUGAUUUUAAAGACCUCUCUUAUUUUAAAAAACACUCCAUGCUAUUUAUUUGUAAAUGAAAAAGAUUUGUGAUUUGCGCACAUGAUAUAAACUUCGUAGAGCAACCACUGUAAUCGUAGCGUGUCUAAAGCAAUUUUCGUUUUAAGUACCCCAAUGAAUUUAUACAUCAUCCGCACAGGCGCAUAAAUCUAAACAACCUAAAUCACAUACCCACAAGCCCUCUGAUUAAGUAUUACUUAGCGUACGUAAGCUUACUUUAAGUUGCAACUGAAAAGAAAACCACAACAAAAAAUGUACUUUACUUAGGUUGAUCCCCGGUUUCCAUCGCAAACUGGGGGCAAAGUAUCAAAUUUGUGAGACGAGAGUCGGCGGCGAUAGCAAUCUUCUCGCCAGGCAUAGACGUAGUUUUUUCUGAUUGUGCUGGGCAAGUCAAAGAAGUACUCAAUGCGAAUAAAGCGAAUUUCGCCAAUUCAGAUCAGAGAAAUAAUUGUAAUGGCGCGCGUUCCUUAAACUAAAUAUAUUGAUAUGGAGAUCAUUGCCGCUUCCGCUUAUCCAACCAAGACAAGAAAGCCAGCAAACCGAGAGGAUCCAGUAAAACUUACUGUGCAUAUAAGGGAAUAAUUACACACAAAAUUUCGUACCUUGUAGAAUUUGCAGUUCAAAAUUGCUUUAGAGUUUGUCGGUGUACAUUUUACGGAUUAAAAUGCACAAAACAUUUUUAGGCAAGAACCCUAUUAUCUAAAAUUACAGAAGGUCAUAGAUGUAAAUUAAACAUUAUAAAUGAAAAUUCUGCGAAUUUGAAAGCAAAAAGGUGCAGAGAAAGCCAAGCAAAAAACAAAAAAGAAUUCCCAAUGUAAAUUCUACUGAUUUUUGUGAGUCUGGUAAUAAAAUGAAUAAGCAUACAUAUAUGGA